AUGCGGACGCAGGCAACAGGCACCCUCAGAGCCGUCGCACGGGGCGUCGAAUUUCUGAAGCCUGCCUUUAACCUUAUCCGAUCAACCGCAACUUCCAGUCGCUCGUUGCCGACUUCUACUCUCCCGCUAGUAAGCGGCCGCGCCUUUUCAUCUUCAGCUUCGAUCUUUGCAGCCGCAUCUUCCUCGAGUGCUCCUUCCAAAGUCAUCCCUGUCAAAAGUCCAAUCCGAGAUGAAGCGAUCCUCGAAAACUCGGAGUAUGUCCGCCUAGUAGACCCCAAAUCAGGCGCUCUCGCUGGACCUUUCAACACCAAGCAGAUCCUUUCCAAACUCGAUCGAUCCAAGUUCUGGAUACAACAAGUCGCUCCACCUCAGCCUGGCCGUGCUACUGUCGAAUACGAUCCCUCUGCACCACCGUCUUCUAUCGACGUCUCUGCGCUGGUGCAGUUCCCAAUCUGCAAACUGAUCGACAAGAAGGAAGAAUUUGACAAACAGCGUGCUCUCAAGCGCAAAUCCUCCCCCUCCUCCUCAUCAUCAGCCUCAACCUCCUCGGCAGGAACAAGCAGUGGAAGCACAAGCAAAGAAGUCCAAUUUACCUGGUCAGUCAGCUCCAACGAUCUCACUCACAAACUCAGCAAGGCCAAAAAGGAAAUGAUCAAAGGUGCACGCAUCAACCUCGUCGUCACCACAAAAUCUGGCGGAAGGAAAUAUAUCAAGGGAUUGAACCCAAAGGAAGAUCAGAAGCGGCAAGAGCUGUUGCAGCAGAUCGAGACUUUCUUGUGUAGUCCAGAGGAGAGUGGAGAGGACGGGGAAGAGAAGCAACAACCAAUAGCAAGGAGGUUGCAGGAUGUGGAUUGGCAGAGAGGUGGAUCUGCUGCUGUCAUGUCUUUCGAGUGUUUUAAAAAGUAG